CCUAAACAACAAUGGCGAUCGACUUCAUUUUGUAAAUGCGAAAAGUGAAGGUGCAAGCAAGUGUCGUGUUAUUUUGUAAAAUUAUGGAUUUUUUAAAUGCAUUAGAAGUAUUUCUCAAAUAAUCUGUUGUAUAUGUGAAGCUACUAUUGUGUAGUGACGAAGACUCUGAAAUGAAUUUCGCAACGUUCUCAACGGUGGGCACCGCUGGGACCCACUUUGUGACCACCAGCGGCCAGCUACCCGUCACUAAACUACAGCAGAAUAUGUCAAACAAUGGCACAUCACUAUCACAGGUGGUGGGCAUGGUGGGCGGCGUGGGCAUGGCUGAGGGCGUCCAGUACGUGCAGGCCGCGCCGCAGAUCAUCUCCGUGCCCAUCGCGCUGCCGGGCGCCAAGCCGGGUGACCCUCAGCAGACCAUUCAGAUCCAGGUGCUGAAUCCCAACUUGACGCUGCAGCCCCAGCAACAGAAAUUCCAGAUGCAAAUACCGGGCUUCCAACAAGGUGGUGCUGUUCUCACAGUCGCGUAUUCGCCAGAAAACAACGACAACGGGGGUAUACAACUAGUGCAACAUAAUGCGAUUUCAUCUGAUGGUCAGCUACAACUGCUACUGCCUCAGGAUAUGCAGAUGGCUCAGCAACAAACACAGGACACCAAGGAACCUUUGCAGCAUCAGGUGUUCAUCACUCCGAACCAGCAGAUCAUCAUCAACUCCCCGGAGGAAGCCAAGCUGAACAACAACAAUGUUAGCUCUGGAGUCACCAGUGUCGUGGUCAAAGAGGAGUGCGAGGAUAUGGACGAGGAUGAGAACUCUCAAGACGCGGAAGUAUCGUGGGAUUCGAACGCUAACCAAGACCUGAUCAAGUAUCUCAACACGUUACCAGCACAGCAAACGCAAGCGUUACCGGUGUCCCUGCAACAGUUUCUGAGAUUGAACACGGUGGACAAGAAGCCGGACAUACAGACGAACACAGUCGUCAUACAAAUGGAGCAGGAGGACGACAAGAAGGAGGAGCCGCUGGCUGAGGCCGUACUUGGGGAAGAUGGCACGUUGAAAAUUAUUCAAAACAAGAAGAAGAAGAAGUACAAGAAGAAGCCUCCCCGUCCGGCCAGGCCCAAGCCGGGGCAAGUGGUGAUCGCUACGGCCGAGGACGGCACUCCCAUCUACUGCUGCCCCGAGUGCAGCAUGGCCUACCCGGAGAAGGAACAGCUGGAGAUGCAUCUCAUUGUGCACAAGAUCGAGAGGCGGUACAUAUGUGGCAUCUGUGGGGCGGGCUUGAAACGCAAAGAGCACUUGGAGAGGCACAAAAUGGGCCACAAUCCUGAGAGGCCGUACGUCUGCGGUGUAUGCAACAAGGGGUUCAAGAGACGGGAACAUCUUAAUCUCCAUACGGUCAUACACUCGGGCGUCAAGACGGAGAUGUGCACGGAAUGUGGCAAGGGGUUCUACCGCAAGGACCACCUGCGCAAGCACAUGCGGUUCCACGAGAACAAGCGCGCCCGCGACGAGGCGGCCGCCGACCACGACGCCAAGCCCGCGCCCACCAUCACCACCACCACCAACUCCACCACCCUGCUGCCGGAGAUCACCAUACACGUACCGACGAGUUCGAACGUGCAAGUGCCCGUGCAGAUCAACAUCCCGCCGCACGUGGUGACGUCGCUGGCGGCCGCGCACGCGCACGCGCCGCUGGACGCGCUGCUCGCGCAGCACACGUGACCGCGCGGGCGCCGCGACAAGGCACUCUAGUGACGUCACCACAACUCCCCGAUGGAGCAACAAUACUCGCGCGGAUAACUUCACGCUAGUGUUACAGUGCUCGCGGAUAAGUUCACUCUGGUGGUGUGACGAUAACUUCGGUCUUGUGUAAAGUUCUGUGUAAAUUCGCGAGACGAUUUAAGUCUGAUGCGCGUGACGAUACUAAAUCAUCUGUGUCUUCGUGAACAUCAGUAAAAAUAUAGCUUUAUCUUCGUGACAGCAGGAUGGAACUAUAAUGAUGAAUUGUACUUGUAAAUAUAUUAAAUGCGACAAAAAGCUUCAAAAAUAUGCAUUUGAUAACUGUUAUAGAGAUCAAGCUAUAAUCUACAGAUGUAGUGUGUGACACACCUGAUGAUGCUUUUUUAGGUUUGUAUGAUAUUAUACAAGGAAUUUAUACCCAAUGGGGAAGUUACACUACUUUUAAAAUUACCUUCAGUUUUCCAUACACCUCAAUCUCUUUCUAUUUGGUGUAAUUAGAAAGAGAUGUAAAGAUACGUCAUUUGAUUAUUUUUUAUACUGAUAUUCCAGUUAUUUUUUCACAGUAAUUGUUACUGUUAACUGCAGACUAAUGAGUAACAUGCUUGUUGACUCUAAGUCACACAGACUGAAUGUAUCAAAACAGUGUACUUCAAAGUAAGAUAUGCUUUUAAAAUGUUGUUCAGGUCUCUUCAUACUUAGUAGAACCUCUUUUUCGACCUGCAUAGCGACUGUGACAAAAGUGGAAGCACAAGGAACUGGUGACAUGGAUGUUAAGAUUUAGGACAUUGUGAUGGACCAAGAAAUAAAUUUUAAGUGUAAAUAGGUCCUAACAUUUUUUGUCCCGUUUGUUGCUGGAAGUAUUAUCUGCUCGAUCGAUUAUGACAAAAAGCCAACACUCCAAAAUAAUAUAAGGAAGUAUUUUUUUUAAUAUUGUAAAGGCUUAUGUAUUAUUAUUUAGAAAUAACAACGGUAAGUUUUUUCUUAACAAAAUUAAACAUAUCAUUGAGCCGUUUUGCAUUAAAAUUAUGUUUUAAAUAAACAGUUAAGAAAGUUUGUUACCUAGGAAUCUAGUUAGCUGUUCAUAUCAUUGGAUAGUGAUUUUCUUAUAAACUUAACAGCUUGCUAUAUUGUACAUGGAGUAUUAACAAUAAAUAAAUAUACCUUAAUUUGAUUCAGUAUUGCUCACAAAACUAUGUGUUUUGAAAAGAUCCAAUCAUUAUUUGUUCAGGUAUAGGUACUUUUAAAGUUUCCUUUUUUCUAAAAAAAUUUUUUUCGAAUUUAAAUAUAUUUGAACGAUAACAGGGUAUAAUGAUCUUGUGUGGUGAAUUGGUGUUUGAUAAAAGUCAUGUAUUUCAAAUAUUUGUCAUCCACUCAAUCCAAUGUUUCUUGUGAUUUCUCGUCGUUUUUAUGACACCGUAGUUUUUGGCAAAACUCAAAAUUGUAUUAUCUACAUCUUAAAUAUUAUUAUUAUUUUUUGUUUUUUAUUGCAUCAUGAUUUCAUCUAUAAAACUUUACGUUUAAGUAAAGAUAUGUAUGACUAAGGCAGCGAAAAAUAGUGAUAAUUAUUUGCUAUUCUUGUAAAGACACCCAGUUUUUUAAUUUCUUUUUUCAGACAGACAGUAUUAAGGUAGAUUAUCUUAAAUAUACCUUGUAUACGUAGAAAUUUACAAGUAUUUUUUGUUAACUGUAACAAAGUGGAAUUUUAAUUGUUUACCCAAGAAAUAAAUAUUUGCUAAGUUAAAUGGCUCAUAAUAUGCUGUUUUAACAUAAAAGUUAAUACUUUUGCAUGUAGGUUUAAGUACAUUUGUUAAUAUUGCAAAUGCAUAAAAGUUUUAUGUAUCAUGUGAAAAAGAAUUUUAAAACCAUCAAUAGGAGGCUAGUUUUCAUAAUUAACAUUUAACAUGUAGGUAUAAAUCAUUAUAACAACAAAAAGUUGUAUAUGGGUCAUUGUAAAUAUUGGAAAUGUGAUUGUUUUAUUUGCCUUGUAAAACUUCUAUUGUAGUGUAAUUUUUUUCUAAAUAUGUAGUUACAUUAUUUUUACAUUCUCUUAAAAUAAGAUAUUGUUAAGUCAUGUGUAAAUAAUCUUCCUGCAGUGUCCACAGUACUUCACCUAGAUAUCAUUACUGUGAUAUUUAUACCAUUUUACAUCUGAACCUUAUUUAUUUUUCUUUAAAAAAGGUUUGGAUCAAGUAUACUCAUUGCUAAGGCGAAAGUGGCGCCACUCUCAAAGUCAAGGCAUAUCUCUACCACCGCUUAGACUAAUUUUCCAAGUUUCAUUUUCACUAAAAAUGACUUAUAAUGGAUCGUAAGAUAAUUAUAGCAUGUUAAAAUAAUUAUUUAGAUUUAAGUUAUAUUUUUGAUAAAUAAAAACAGAAAAAAAUGAUCCAGUUUUCUUCAUUAUUAAUAAUAAUUGUCUCAGUUAUAAAAAGAUUAGCUUUUUACUAACAAGAAAUUGAUUAUAUUUUAAGUUCAUAAAAAACGAUAAGCUAUCGAGACCUGCGUUACUUACUAAAAUUCAUUGUUCAAUCCACAAGUUAUACUGUGCUAUCUUUAUCAUCGCAUUACUUUUAUUUGUAGAUUUUAAGUUCUACUUUUUAAACAAGAUAUGUAUUAAUAUUGUCAGCUUUAAUGUAGGUGUAGUAUAGUUAAUAUUUUUGUUACUUGAUCAAUUCAGCAUCGCUCGUACUCGUACGCAAAAUCUGGGCCAAAUAUUAAAUGAUAUCAGCGGGUUAAAUUUGUAAAAAAUAUAUGCCAUUAAUUUGUCUUUACUGUGUCGCACAGACUCCGGAAUUACAGAAAUUAUCCACACUCACCGACACACUAUUGGCACAUUUAUUUUUUACAUUCGCAGCAUUACCACUGAGCUGCUGAAUCCACGAUCCGAUUCACACUCGCAUUUGCCACGGGAAAUCAAUUUUUCGCGCGAGGAAUGAGUAUUUUACGUGUAAUUUUCUUUUAAUAAGGUCGUUGUUGAGUUAACAUUCGGUUUGAUUCGGUGGUACUUUACGCUAUAUUGCAUUAUUAUAUUGAAGUGGUAGUUCUGUAACUCAUGAGGCUCCUUUACUUUUUAGAACAUCUUUGCGCAAUAUAUCUACGUCGUACCAUUUGGAUGAUAUAUAUGGUUCUGAUACUUCACUCUCCGUAACAAGGUUGACCGUUUUUAUCGUGCUAAAUAUUAUCUCCCGUUUCACGUUCAAAAAGCGAUACAGCGAUAGUUUUUCCGGCGAUUAAAACGCCGUCGCGCGUUCCAUGCAAACCAAAAUCAAGACGUAGUUUCUCUGAUCAUAGUAGGAUACAGUUUGUUUUUAUUUAAAAAAUGAUUUUGUAUGUUAACCUUUUAUAUUGUUUUCUUUACCCUAUGUAAGUAAAAAUUAUGGUGCUUUAAUACUUUAAUGUAGUCGAUGUAACGUUGAGAUUAUGGGAAUCAUCGAUUUUUGUAAAAACUUAAAUAGUCCCCGUCGCUUGUAUAACUCGACUUACCGUUCGGGUUUUUCUUUUGUUCAAAAACUUUAAAAUUAACUUUAAUAGCUUACGAAGAUGGCCGCUAUCCUAAAAUGUCGUGACGGUUAAUUAAUCAUAAAAUAAAGGUAUUUGUCUGAGUUUCCAUUGCAUUGCUUGUGAAAUGUAGACAAUAUUUAUCGAGCCCAAAUGGAACUAAAUAUGCCUUCACGUUUAUAGCAAUAGUAAGUAUAUAGUGCAUAUAUAUGUUUUGAUGUGAAAUGCCAUAGAAUAAAUCGGUAUCAUUUCCAAGUAAUGUUUCUUUGAUAUGGAAUUUGUUAUUCACUUUUUUUUUAUUUGUAUGCUUAACAACCUUUUAUCCACAUUUUUCUCGAAUAUACCACAUGUUUGUGAUUCAUUCAUUGGUUGAUAUGUAGGUUAGUAACAUAUUGAACAUAUUAGACAUUGUCUUUAAAUGGAAGUUGUUUUAGUAACAUAGGUAGAAUUCAAUACCGUGACUUGGUGGUGCAUGAUUCUUAUUGUGAAAACUGUAAAAUCUGUAAAGUAUGAAUGACAAUCUGUCGCAAAUGUUUAUAUUUCACAGAUUAUUAGGCAUAUUUUUAAAUGUUAUUAUAAAUUGCAGAGAACUUUUUACCCAUGUCAUACAUAUUUGUAUAUUUUUUUUAUUAGUUUUAUUAUUUAUAGAAAAGUUUGAUUUAAGGUAGUUAGAGUUAAACAAGUGAGCUCCAAUUGCAGUUGUAAUUAUAGACUUUUGUAUGGAACCUUUUUAUUAAGAGGAUGAGAUUAUAAAAUAUAAUCACUGAUUUUUUAAA